GACGGACAGAUCAUCACCCAAUCGGUUCUGCCCGAGCAAUACCGUAUCCCCAUUGGCGGACUCCAUGUCCUAUCACUUUGCCUCCCUCCCCCUCGUUUGCGCUCGCAGUUGCCCGGAGACCAGAGAGGAGUCCUGUCUGUUGACACUCUGAGCCGCUGCGACUUCCACCGCACUUCUCCCGCUGACUCACGUACUACCUCGGCGACCGAGACACAGCCAUGGACGAAAUGGAGGAAGAGUUGAAGUGUCCCGUGUGUGGAUCUUUCUUCCGGGAGCCCAUCAUACUGCCAUGCACCCACAACCUUUGCCUGGCAUGCGCGCGGAAUAUCCUCGUUCAGACCCCUGACGCGGAAUCUCCCCAGAGCAGCCGAGCGUCCGGCUCCGGCGUGUCCGACUAUGACUACCUGGACCUGGACAAGAUGAGCUUGUACAGCGAGGCGGACAGCGGAUACGGCUCCUACGGGGGCUUCGUCAGCGCGCCCACCACCCCGUGCCAGAAGUCCCCCAACGGGGUGCGUGUUUUCCCUCCGACGGUGCCCCAGCCCCCGGCCCCCCAGCAGCACCACCUGCUGCAACUGCAGCCCAGCUCCCAGCCUCCCAUCCCUCGCAACUCCUGCCUCACCUGCCCGCAGUGCCACCGCAGCCUCGUCCUGGACGAGCGGGGGCUCCGCGGCUUCGCGAGGAACCGCGUCCUGGAGGGGGUGGUGGACCGCUACCAGCAGGGCAGAGCCGCGGCGCUCAAGUGUCAGCUGUGCGAGAAGAGCCCCAAGGAGGCCACGGUGAUGUGCGAGCAGUGCGACGUCUUCUACUGCGACGCGUGCCGCCUGCGGUGCCACCCCCCGCGCGGGCCCCUGGCCAAGCACCGGCUGGUCCCCCCCGCGCAGGGCUGCAUCAGCCGCCGCGCGAGCCCCCGCAAGACAUCCACGUGCACGGAGCACGAGCUGGAGAACAUGAGCAUGUACUGCGUGCAGUGCAAGAUGCCCGUGUGCUACCAGUGUCUGGAGGAGGGCAAGCACGGCACGCACGAGGUCAAAGCCCUGGGCGCCAUGUGGAAGCUGCAUAAGGGCCAGCUCUCCCAGGCGCUGACAGGCCUGUCGGACCGCGCCUCAGAGGCCAAGGAGUUUCUGGUCCAGCUGAAGAACAUGGUGCAGCACAUCCAGGAGAACGGGGUGGAGUUCGAGGCGUGUUUGGUGGCGCAGUGCGAUGCCCUCAUCGACGCCCUGAAUCGCCGGAAGGCCCAGCUGCUGUCCCGUGUCAACAAGGAGCACGAACACAAGCUGAAGAUCUCGGACGCGCUGAUCAGGCGCGUGCACGUGACGGAGGGCCAGUGGGGGAAGGGCACGCACCCCCGCAUGAGCAGCGACUUCGACCUGACGCUGGACAGCGGGCCCCUGCUGAGCACCAUCCACCAGCUGGACUUCGUCCAGAUGAAGGGCAUGCUGCCUAUGCCCCACCCCUUAGUGACGCCUGACCUCCACUCAGUCCCCGCCCCUCCCAUGCUCCAGUUGGAGGAGUGCUGCACGCAGAACAACAGCGCCACGUUGUCAUGGAAACAGCCUCCCCUGUCCACCAUCGCCGUGGAGGGAUACAUCCUGGAGCUGGACGACGGCAACGGGGGACAGUUCAGGGAGGUGUACGUGGGGAACGAGACCAUCUGCACGGUGGACGGCCUGCACUACCACAGCACCUACAAGUCCCGGGUGAAGGCCUUCAACGCCAGCGGCCUGGGCCAGUACAGCAAGACGCUGCUGCUGCAGACCUCCGAGACUGGACUCCCACCUUGCGACAUGGAGUCAGUCGCCUGGUUCACCUUCGACCCCGCCUCGGCCCAUCCCGACAUCCUGUUCUCCAACGACAACCUGACGGUGACCUGCAACAGCUACGACGACCGCGUGGUCCUGGGAGGCUCCGCCUUCUCCCGCGGCGUCCACUACUGGGAGAUGACGGUGGAUCGCUACGACAACCACCCCGACCCCGCCUUCGGCGUUGCCCGCGGCGACGUGCUGAAGGACGUGAUGCUGGGGAAGGACGACAAGGCGUGGGCCAUGUACGUCGACAACAACCGCUCCUGGUUCAUGCACAACAACUCGCACACCAACAGGACGGACGGUGGCAUCGCUAAGGGCGCCACGAUAGGCGUGCUGCUGGACUUCACCUGCGGCCUCCUCAUCUUCCUCAUCAACGACGAGCAGCAGGGGCCCGUCGCCUUCGAGGGCCUGGAGGGGCCCUACUACCCAGCCAUUAGUCUGAACCGCAACGUUCAGGUGACCCUCCACACCGGUCUCCCCAUUCCUGACUUCUACACCCCUGGGGAAGCCGACCCCAACGGUUCUGAGUGUUGAGACUGGACGACAUGUCCUCAGCCAUUUUGUACUGUGUAUAUGAAGAAGAGGAGGAUGAAGAGGGGGAGACCUGAGACCACCACGGACACUUGCCUCAGACAAGCGGACCUGGAAUGGGUGUGACGAUAAGUCGCUGGUGGGUGUGUGUUGAGCCUCCUGGUGGGAGAGGUGUUUAUUGUACUCAGAUAAAGCCAUGAAAGAUGUGUUAGUUCAGAGAAGGCACACACACACACACACGCACACACGUACACACACACACACACACACACACACACACACACACACACACACACACACACACACACACACACACACACACACACACACAAAUGUACACAUAUAUACACAUAUAUACACAUACAAACACACAAACACACACACACACACACACACACACACACACACACACACACAAACACACUUAAUUAAUGAUCUAUUCGUCUACCAUUUCACCCAAUCUUACAAUGUCACGCUGCAUUUUGGACACAAGGAAGCGCUGGUGUUCAAUGAAAAUUGCCUCUUUGAUACACAGCGGCAGUGAUUUCUCGUAGAGAGAGCAAUAGUUCGACUCUCGACUGUACUAGCGGCUUUUAUCCUCACCGGUGUAAAUGCGAUGCUAUUUAGUGGCUUAGCUUCUGUAAACCCUUAUUUUUUGUAAAAUACAGCAUCAAUGUAUAAAAGCAACUAAAUUGAGGCCUUUAUGCAGCCUUUUGACUCACGCUCUCUCAAAAGAGCAGACUUCAAUUUUGGGUGUUAUACUAUACAACUAUUCUGCUAAUUAUUACCCAUGUGCUUUUGAGCAAGAAAGCAUCGUGAAUUAAUUAUAGGAUGCUGGAUGUACUACGCGGUGCUGCCGCUAGGUGGUGCUGGUUGUUUUGCUGUAGGUGAGUCGAGCCGCUAGUUUUGUACUGUAAUUGAAAAGGUCCGUAGGUGGGGAAAAUGUGUAUAGUUUUACAUAAAUUAUUGAUGUUAUGUUAAGUUAUUUUUUAACUAAACUUUUAUCAUUGAUUGUUUCAGAUUAAGGCAUAGCUGUAAGAUUGAACAUUUGUCUGAUGAAACGUUUGGAAUGUGUUGCUCAGACAGAGAGAUUUAGAGAGGUUCUUUCUAAAUGGCUCUAUUGUUGCUGAAUCAGAGAGGACGGAUUUAAGUGAAAAGAAGACGACCCUCUUUUCCUUAAAAUCCCUCAAAUGUAAGGUGAUAAAGCAACUGUGAGGUAAAUACAUGUAAUCUUUUGUGGUGAUUAUUUCAUGAAUCGAGCUCCCCUAAAAACCUACCAAACUCUUACCAUAGCCAUCUUUAACCCUAAUGCCAAAUCCUAAUGAUAUUGAACGCAAUAUACCUAAACACGACCACUUACGUGCAUAAUCACCGCAAAAGUACAGUUCCUCUCCCUUGCUGCUGGCCAUAGAGGUGUAUGAACGGGGGUCUCUGUGUUUCCCACGUGUACAUAUCUGGCUGUUCUUAAAGGUGCUACUAUGCUUGUGGGUGUGCCUUCCCCCUCUCCGAGUGAUCAAUAUAACCCCACCUUACUGCUACAUGAUCACGAGUCCAUACCGAGUCUGUACCGAAGUCAGAAGUCAAUCCCCUUUCCACCUGUGGAAUGUGCAUUCAGAAUAGUCAUUAAUAGCAUUCCGUCCGCCUUGGAGUCGAAAUAACAAACACCUGCUUGAUUUUAAUAUUUGCUAAAUGCCCGAAAUGUAAAUUCAUUUGCAUUCUCGGUCUGAGUAACCCUGUUAGAGGUAACAUUUAGAGACACUGAAUGCUUCAGAAAUAAUAUUUUGCUGGUUGCAGCAGCCCUGAUCCAGAAUACAUAUAUAAAAAUGAUAUUUUAAAACUUCACAUCUGAUGCAAACUUCUCUUUAUAGUCUAUUAUUGGAUAGGAUAGGUGAUCCAGUAUGUUUAUUUUUCUAUGUCUGGCCAUUAUUCAAAGACUAAAUUAAAGUACAAAAGCACAAGCCCUCCUAACUCCGCCAUCCUCAUUGAACCAUCGCGAGAGCAACGUUCUUUACUUCAUUGAAGACGUACAAGCACAGCCUUUUUCGCGAGGUUGAAAACCACUCAGUUCCCAGGACCAUCGGGGAGGUCCUGCAUAGCUAAGCAAUUUGCAUCCCAUCCAUACGACGGAUGUUGUGGACAGCACACCUUUCUGUACAUUUUUCAUAAACAAAAACUGUUAUUGUGUGAUGUGUGAGUUGCCUACAAGUACCACGAACACGUGUUGUCAAAUGCUAGACAAACUAUUUUUCAAGAGUUGAAAUGCGUUAUUUGCAGUCGUUUCUUACGCUUUCCUUUUUUUGUGCAUUUGAUCCUACAGCCUCGUAGAUGCUUAACAUAAUUGUAUUAAUUAUAAGUAAAUGGAAACAGUACAAAGUCGCUGGGCGACGAAGAGUUAUCGUUUCAAGAAAGUUCAUGGGAUAUUUUCAUUCUCUUUUCGACUCCAAAGUAAAUGUUUUUGCCAAGUUUGAUGGUCAACGAACAUAUGCUAUUAAUGAAUGUCCUAUUUACAUUAUACAUACCCACAUAUGUCUAUGGAGAUUUUUAUGAUUAUAAACAUGAACAAUUCUUAUUCAUAUGAUUUGGAAGCAAACUAUUAGCACUAUUAUGAUUAUUUCAAGUGUAAUAAAAGCUUGGGUGUUUUUUCCUGUAUGUCUGAAAAUCAAUAAAUUGGUGUCGACAUAGA